GUGCCAUUUUGGGACGAAAGAGAUCCAUUGAGCAGCGGAACGCCUGCCUGGCUGGCAGACUAUCUGUUUCUAUCAGUUGUUGUUCAGAAUAUUGCCGUCAGUCAGCAUGGCCCUUCUCUCCACUCUCACACCGGUGUUUGUGGCUGUUUUAUGCGUGAUCCUAGCUGUUCUUUUCAAAAGUUUUCAGAAGAAAGAGAUGAAGGAAGUGAAGCCCGCGGCUGAGGUCCGACCGUGGGUGGAUGAGGAUCUGCAGGACGACACAGAGAUCAGAACCAAAGAAGAAGAUGAUGGUGAUUGGGUGGAGAGUGGUGGGGAGGAGGAGCUGGCCCACGUGCCCUACCUGGCUUCUCGGUACCCCGUAGAGGUCAUGGUUCAGAGGUCACAGGACUUCUACAGCCUGAUGAACCAGAGGAGGUCCGUCCGCUUCAUCAGCCCCGAGCCCGUUCCACGACAGGUCAUCGACAACGUCAUCCGCACCGCAGGCACAGCCCCUAGUGGAGCCCACACAGAGCCCUGGACGUUUGUGGUGGUGUCAGACCCAGAGGUGAAGCACCAGAUCAGGCUAGUGGUGGAGGAGGAGGAGGAGGUCAACUACCGUCAGAGGAUGGGGGACAAGUGGGUCAGUGACCUGCAGAGGCUCAGGACUAACUGGGUGAAGCAGUAUCUUGACGAGGCUCCCUACCUGGUGUUGGUCUUUAAACAGACGUACGGCGUUGUAGAUGGAGGACAGAAGAAGACUCAUUACUACAAUGAGAUCAGUGUGUCCAUCUCCUGUGGCCUGCUAUUGGCCGCGUUGCAGAAUGCAGGUCUGGUGACGGUGACGACGACACCCCUCAACUGCGGCCCCCAGCUCAGGCUGCUCCUCCGUCGGCCGGCCAAUGAGAAGCUGCUGAUGCUACUUCCUGUUGGUUACCCCGCCCCCGACGCCACCGUGCCCGACCUCACCCGCAAGCCGCUCAACGACAUCAUGGUGCACCUGUGACAUCAUCAUUAAGGGCCCGACCGAGUGACAUCAUAGAUGUAGGGGUGCCUUCUCUCCUCGGCUCCUCCCAGUCAUCUGAUUUGUAAAGUAGCAACAGUCAUCAAAGAAACAUGGGGUGUGUUUGCAUAUAUUAAUAAAUUAACAUACAGGGGUGGAACAGGGCUGCACCCACCAAACACGUGCUCUGUCUACCCUACCUGAACUCACCUGUGCUGGCUAGACUGCCUCAGUAAUUACUGUUGACACUUUCUAAUUCAACAUGUAUGUCAACAGCAGAGUUCACUUGAACAUUUGCUACGUUGCGGAACGGUUUGUACUGAAUGACACAUUUCUCCAAAACGUUCUUGUAUGUUCUUGAACAGACUUUGAGGUAUGUUUGCUCCUGUUUGGUGGGUGUGGUGAGGUGUGGCUUGAAGCAAUGAGUGACGUAUUUAAAGAGCAGUGGCCAUGCUGACAGCAGUUCCCCAAACCACAACAAAACCCCUCCCCGUUUUUUUCAACUGGUCGUUUGGUCGUUCAGUACAGCACCUUUUUUUAGUUCAAUUGAACGUUCCAGAACAUAAAAAUGUACUGAACACAGCCCUGGACACCCUCAGAUUAAAAAUGAACCGGCUUGGCUCUAGAUUACACCUCUAGAUUACACCUCUAGAUUACACCUCUAGAUUACACCUCUAGAUUACACCUCUAGAUUACACCUCUAGACUUUACAACAUUUAGAUGAGACAUAUCACUAUAAUCUCAGUGGUCAUUUUCAGAAGAUCCUUUUAUUUCAGCACAUGUAAUUUGUAAACAUUUCAACUGUAUUAAAUGAUUACUUUUUUUAAUUCCACAAAAAAAAUUGAAUAACGGUA